AGGAGCUUAAUCUCCUCACAGCAAACCCUCAAGCAUUACUACAUUUUCUCACAUUCCAAACAGACUUUCCAUCAAUCUUUUUCCUUUCUCUUAAAACCCUUUCAGUUUUUCCCCCCUUUUUAGCCUCAAAGAAACCAAACUAUACCCACUAAAUCCUUUCACUUGCAUUGCAUUCCUUUCUGAUCAUCAUCUUCUACUUGUUGAGAAAACUUUGAAGCCAAGGAGCAAUGGACAGAGUGACAAAGAUGGCAUCCGAGAGGCCCGUGGUGAUCUUCAGCAAUAGCAGUUGCUGCAUGUGCCAUUCCAUCAAGACCCUUUUCUGUGACUUUGGAGUUAACCCUGCCGUUUAUGAGCUUGAUGAGAUACCAAGAGGGAGGGACAUCGAGCAGGCUCUCUCGAGGCUCGGUUGUAGUCCGACGGUGCCUGCGGUGUUUAUCGGCGGUGAGCUUGUCGGUGGAGCCAAUGAGGUGAUGAGUCUUCACCUGAAACGCUCCUUGAUCCCAAUGCUUAAAAAUGUUGGAGCUUUGUGGGUUUGAAAAGGUCAAGUAAAACUAACUAGUGGAGAAUAAUGGCUAUUAAAAAUGUGACUUUCUAUAUAGUUUAUAAAUAAAUAAAUAAAUAAAUAAAUAUAUAUAUAUAUAUAUAUAUGAUAUUAGAAAUGAGAUUAGGGUUAUGCAUAUGUAUCGGAUAAAUUAGCCUAUAUAGAGCUUGUUAUAAAGUUUUAAUAAGGCUAGCUACUUAAUAUGUUUGUGUACUAUAUAGCUUUUUUGUAUAACCUAAUAAUAUGUACUUCUCUUUUUUGAGUUAUAAUAAAAGUUGCGUUGUCUGUCAA